AUGUUCGUAUUCCUUCUAUCCUUAAGCUGCAUUUUAUUUAAUGCUUUAGUAUUAGCUGAUGUACAACGGCUGGAGUUGGAUGCACACUCCUUGGGGGUUUCUUGCCUUCCUAUAAUUAAUGAACCAGAAGCUACGCUACUAGGUGGAAUCAAGGUUUUUUUAGACGAAUUGAAAUUAAAUGACGGACAAGAGCCAACAGAUUUAAAGAUACCGGUGUUGCUAUUUCGUUAUGAAGAUAUCCUUAACUUCACCACCCUUCCCUCGUGGGAGGAAUAUGACGAGGGAUAUGCAUCUAACUAUAGCUCUAAUAACUUGAAUUCGGAUAAUUAUUUCUUGAAAAAUUCGGUAGACUUUGAAGAAAAUAAAUUCAUAUUGGAUUUGUAUGAAGGGUACAGUGAAAUUGAUGAAAGGCGGAUCUAUAAUGGAUUCUUAGAUUUGUCAAAAGAGGAUGGUCAUGCUGAAGCUUUAUUACCGGCCUACGAGACUGGGUUGUAUUGCGCAUAUGUUGCACCACCUAUUAACAGGAAUAUCAAAACGAUGAAUAUAUCGCUUGCUCUACAGUAUUCUAAAUUUUAUUCGACUAGCAUGUCGUAUGUCGACUACUGUCAAGUAAAAUAUAUUAUUGGUACUGGCUUAUUGUUAGCAAUAUACUUGAUAAAUAAUAUUUUGAAAUUUCAAAAAGAUAAACAAUUAGACAUCAAGAACAUGCCAAUUAUUUCAAAGACAGUUAUAUUUUAUGUCUUGAUACCACUUUUAUCACUCAUGUCACUUGAAUGGUUUAUUGUGUUUAUCGAAAUUCACUGCAAUUUGAGUAGCCGAAAAAUACGUUGCUUUGAAUAUUCCCGUCUAAUAAUAGAAUUGAUUCAACCUAACUGGAGGAUUUUGCUCCGAUUUUAUGUUUUACUCUUUACCAUGGGAUAUGGAGUCAUUUAUUACCAUAGAGGAGCCUCUCGAACAUUCAGUAAAAUGCCAAGGAGGACUAAGAAUGUGGCAUGGUUACUUUUUAUUACAGAUUUAACUUUGAAUAAUACGGAAUAUUUUAUGAAAUACAAUAAUUUGGCAUUAUAUAAAGAUACGAUUGAAUCCAUAUGUGCCGUAUGUUUUUUUGGUUCGUUCGUACUUCCUUUCGUUUGGUACUUCGUAUCAUUUAUUUAUUAUUUCAAAACAAGGAAUAUUAUUAAGAAGUUGCCACCUACGUCGACUGUCACAGAAGGAAUUGAUGCCAAUACCAGAAUCAUGAAAGCUUUUAAACAAUCUAGUCUUGUCAUCUUUAUAUCACCAACCAUUUCGGGGUUGGCAUGGUUUAGUUCAUAUGCACGUGUGGCCAUCAAAACCUUUUUCUCAAUGAUGAAUGAGAUUUCUUCAGAAUUGGACGUAAGUGACGAAGAACUAUCAAGAGAAUUGCUCAUAAAGCUGGUAAAAUUAUCGCAUUAUAUAAUGCGGUUCACUCAAGAUACCAUGAUGUCUUCUUUUGAUGAAUGGCCGGGAGCUAUGAAGAUAUAUCUAACUAUCGCCCUAUUAUACGUGAUUUGGAUAAGAAAUAACAAUGCUUUAGUCGUUGAAGAUGAGAAAGCGGACUUCAAAGAGUAG